CUUCCUAUGAAUAUUGACUCAAUUUGGUAGCACGCCUUUCUUGCAAUCUUCAUUUGGUUGAAAAAUGUCGUUCCAACAUUUGAGCGGUUCGAUUCAACAUCAAAAACCGGGUCAAAUUACGCAAAGAACGAUGGUUGCUGUUUUGGUGCGCUGGUCCUAUGAGGCACUAGCACGACGACUUCCCGACUCUCUACUACGACAAGUUUUGCCCGGCUCCGGUGAGGAAGGGGCGAUGACGGCGGCGCGCCUUCGGCUCACUUUAAUGUUUGUAGUCGUUAUUAGGUAAUCUACGGAUCUGGAUGUAGUUUUUGUUAUUUUUUGUAUUCUUUGUACUGCCAUGAAUGAAGAUGAAUAGAUUGAAGUUAAAAAAAAAAAGAGAACCGGUCCCAGAUCAAAUCAAAAGAAGAAGAAGUGCGGAGAGGUUAAGCAAAGUACGCGAGGUGCAUGGAAUAGUAUACAAGUUGUUCUCUUGCUUCACUCCUCCCCUUCCCCUCCCUUUGGAAAAAUCUAUCUUCCCCACCCCUCCAAGAAACCAAACCAUGCAAAUACGCAGGUCAUCUCUCUCGCUACAUCUUCUCCAUUCUCAUGCAUGCAUGAGCAGCAUAGCGACCAUGCGAUGCCUCAGGCCAGGCGGCGCUCGCCGCCGGCAGUGCCCUCUCCUCGCCGCCUUCUGCUCCUCGCUCGUCGACGGGCUCGCGCACCUGGAAGCCACGCUGUCCGCCGAAGAUGACGACGGCGGCGGCGGGUCGGCGGUGUCCAUGAGGUGGUGCGCCGACGCCAUGCGGCUCGUGAGGCGGAUGCAGCGGGACCUGCUGGCCGUCUUCAGGAGCGCCGACGCGCCGGCCGACCCCUGCGGCGGCGAGGACUGGCUGGAGCAGUACAUGCAGGAGACCGCGGCGCUGCUGGACUUCUGCAACGCGUUCAAGUCCGCCGUGUCGCGGAUGCACCGCUACUGCAUGGUGGUGGACUUCGCCGCGCAGGUGGGCUGCGCCGGCGCCGGAGGUGUCGCCGCCUCGCUCGUCGCCGAGAGCACCGGCUCGCCGAAGGAGACGGACGCGCCGUCCUCGCCGGCCGCCGCCGUCCGCGCUAAGCUGUCGGACGUGAAGGCAGUGGUGAGCGAGGCGGAGCGGCUGGGGGGAAAGAUCAUCUCCAGCUCCAGCGGCAGCGGCAGCAUGGUCCUCGUCACUCUCGUCGCCAAGAUCACAAUGGCCGUCGUGGCCACCUCCGUGCUCCACGCGCUCACCCACGCCUCACCCCCUUCCCUCCUCGACGACGACGUCGGCGUCGGCGGAUCGCACCAGCGCAGCAGCACGCUCGCCCGCGCCGACGUCCCAGAGCAGCUGCGUCCGUGGCGCGAGUCGCUGUCGGCAAUCAACGAGCGCGUGGCGGCGCUGCCGGCGAGCAUCGCGGAGCACGAGAGUGUCGUCACGGCGGUGAGGGACAUGAUCGGCGGCAAGACGGAAGGAUCAGAGGAUCACGUGGAGGUGCUGAGGACGAGGUCCGGCGAGCUCCGGGAGGGGGUGGAGAUGUUCGACUGUGUUCUUGAUCAAGUCUUUGAUGAGGUGAUCAGGGGCAGGAAUGAGAUGCUGGGGAUCUUCAGAGAUAUGGUCCUCACAUAACUGAAUCGGGGUGAAUUUUAAUUACCUCUGGAUUUUAAUCCCGUGUAAAAAUUUGGUGAUGUUUGAAAUGUUGGAUUUGAUGAUCCUAAAUUGCUAAUUCAUCGAUCAGCUGAAAUCUCUACAGUAUAUCUAUUUUUUCCUUCUUUGUAAAGGGUGUAGAAGUUGUUGUAGCGUGUGGUUUUAUGUGUUUGCAUUUCAAUUUGGUUUGUAACUUGUAUUGACAGUGUCCCGGGACUGACCAAUAAAGCAAAAUGACAUUUCAUUUA